AUGGGGUUCCUUCAGAAUGGCCGUGGCCUCGCCAGCUACCUUGUUAUGCCCAACACCUUUCAGGCCCGACGGUUCAUAGUCCUCGGAUCCAUGGUCUCGCUUCUUCUGCUCAUCGCCCUCUGGAACCAAUUCUCCGUAGAUGGGCCGACACGCCCCGCCGGAACCCGGCUCGCACAAGGCCCCUCCACCCCCACGGGGAAGCGCCCGAACCCCUUCACUAACCCUCUCGACGAGGUCCGCCAGACGCCAGCUUCCAUCCGCCAGGACCCUCUCUGCUCGUUCCACCCAGAUACCAGCAAGAUCGCCGUCGUCAUGAAGACGGGCGCGACGGAAUCCUUUGCCAGGUUGCCCACGCAGUUCAUGACGACUCUGCGGUGCAUACCCGACUACCUCGUUUUCUCGGACCGGAAGGAGACGAUCGCCGGUAUCCAGGUCAUGGAUACGCUGGACGCCGUUCUCCCCAAGGCCAUGGAGGGCAACGCCGACUUUGACCUCUACCGGGUUCAGGCCUCGUGCGCCAUCGAUCAAGGCCCCUGCACCAGCGCCCUCGACCGCGCCGAGAUGGGCUGGAACCUCGACAAGUACAAGAACAUCCACAUGGCCGAAAAGACGUGGAAGAUGCUUCCCGACAAGGACUGCGUGGCCCUCCUCGGCGACAUUGCCUUUGCUCACGGCGGUAGCGGCUACCUCAUGUCCCGUGCCGCCAUGAAAGACCUUAUCGGAGGACACCCCGGUCUGGCCAAUCGGUACGACGAAGACAUGCACAACUACUGCUGCGGUGACGCCGUUUUUGCCAAGGCCGUCCGAGAUACCAUCGACGUCAACGUUACGGGCGUGUGGCCCACCAUCAACGGCGAGAAGCCCUUCACUCUUCCCUACGGCGACUCGCACUGGUGCCAUCCCAUCGCCACGAUGCACCACAUGAGCCCCGAGGAGAUCUCCACAUUUUGGGAGUUCGAGACACAAUUCUACGCCGACGAGGCAGCCGAGGCCUCCCGGAAAGACGCGGACAAAUUCGUGCCCUCCCCAUCCUCGCCAAGGAUAUCUAUCGAGAAUUCUUCGCCUCCCGACUUCUUCCCCGGCGCAACGACUGGGACAACUUGA